GUUCAGCCUCAGUACUUUUGCACUGUCUGUUCCCCCUGCCUGUGAUGCUGUUCUUUUCUGCCUGGCCAACUCCUACGUUUGUUUAAGUCUCAUUCAAGUCUCAACUUUCCUCAAUCCUCAGGAAAGCACUCUGGGACCCCCCAGAUGAGGGCGGUUCCCCUGUUACCCCUGGCACAGUGCCCACCCCCUCUUUGGCAGCGUUUUUCACAACCAUGUUCGGUGGUUCCUUGAUGAAUCAUGUCUGUUAUUAUUGACCAUUAAGCAGGAGUGGUUCAAAAUCAGGGGCCCCACUGUGUCCCCAGUGCCUGGCCCAGUGCCCCGUGCCCGUUUGUUGCCUGACAGAGGGAGGCCGUGUGGCUGACCAUCCCGUGCCCGCAGGCCGAGGAUGCAGCGCUGGAAGGCGGCGGCCUUGGCCUCCGUGCUCUGCAGCUCCGUGCUCUCCAUCUGGAUGUGUCGGGAAGGCCUGCUCCUCAGCCACCAACUCGGACCCGCGUUAGCCCCGCUGCGCCGGCCACCUCGCACCCUGGACGCCCGGAUCGCCCGCCUGGCCCAGUACCGUGCACUGCUGCAGGGAGCCCCAGACGCGGUGGAGCUGCGCGAGCUAACGCCCUGGACCGGGCGGUCGCCGGGUCUGCGCCGUGGGGCGGGGCCCAGACGGCGGCGCGCGCGCGCGCGGUCGGGGACGCGGCCGUGCGGGCUGCACGAACUCGAGGUGCGCGUGAGCGAGCUGGGCCUGGGCUACACGUCGGACGAGACGGUGCUGUUCCGCUACUGCGCAGGCGCGUGCGAGGCGGCCGCGCGCGUCUACGACCUGGGCCUGCGGCGCCUGCGCCAGCGGCGGCGCGUGCGGCGGGAGCGGGUGCGCGCUCAGCCCUGCUGCCGCCCGACGGCCUACGAGGACGAAGUGUCCUUCCUGGACGUGCACAGCCGCUACCACACAGUGCACGAGCUGUCGGCGCGCGAGUGCGCCUGCGUGUGACCCUACCUCACCGGACGCUGGCCAGACGGCGGCCACGCCCCACGCCCCGACGGCACCCCCCACCCCGUGCCGCCAGGCAGACCGCGUGACAGACUGCCCUUGCGCAGAAGAUGCCGUCGAGGCCUCGGGACUCUCGCGAUAACUGUACAGAGAUAAAGUGGAGCUCAGAUCUACAGGCCAGCACUGUCCACUAGAACCUUCUGCGAUCAGGGAACUGUUCUACCUCUGCAACCCCAAUUCAGGGGCCACCAGCCCGGCAUGACUACUGAGCCCUUGAAAUGUGGCUGUUGUGUCUGAGGAAUGGACUUGUUAAUACUCAUUUACAUUUAAAAACGAAUACUCUCUUCUGUAAAUUGAAAACAAUGUCAAAAGUAAACCAAACCAAAGACGAAGGCUGAUUCUCAGUUCAACGAGUGAAAAACUUGUACGUACACGUGGGACGCCUUGGAUGUGCAGGUGUGCUGCUUCCACUGCACGUUCUAUGGCGUACAGACCCAGCAUCUACGGAGAAAACUGACCGUCCUUAUUGGGUUGCUGCCAUAAAACACAUCAGAUUUCCAAGGCUUAGGAUGAAAAGGAGAGUGUAAAGUAUCUCAAUCAUUUUUAUAUUGCGCACACAUCGAGCAAUACUAGUUUGAAUCUAUUGGGUUAAAGAAAGUAUAUUAUUAAAAUUAAUUUCACCUGUGUCUUUUACAUUUUUUAAAAUGUGGCUACUAGAAAAAUAUUAACUAUAUGUGGGGCUUGCAUUGUAUUUCUUUUUUUUCCCUAUAUUAUAUUAUUGCAAAUAUAAUGUGUAUAUAUUCCUUUAUUUAUAUAUGGAGACAGAAAGAGAGAGAGAGACCAACCAAUCUACUGGCUCUGUUUCUCUGGAGAACCCUAACUGAUACAGCAUGUUAAGAUUAAGGCAAAUAAAUACAAGCAUACAGGGAAACUCUGGAAAAGUAGACUUGGGGGCUGGCCCGGUGGCUCAGGUGGUUAGAGCUCCAUGCUCCUAACUCCAAAGGCUGCCGGUUCGAUUCCCACAUGGGCCAGUCUGCCAGUCUGCAUUGUAUUUCUAUUGGACAGCAUGUGUUGCUCUAGAAUUCCUAUGAAAGGGAAACUAGUGAUAUGAAUUGUAGUUUAAAUGCACGACCCUCAGAACACACCCCCGACUUAAGUGGUGCAUGACUAUAGUUUGGUCUAAACCUACGCUGUCCAAUAUGGGAGCCCUAGCCUCACACGGCUACUGACACUUGUCAUGUGACUAAUACAACAGAGGAACUGAAGUGUAAAUGUUAUUAAAUUUCAAAUGUAAGUUUUAAAACUGGACUGCAUAAAAAUUUUUUAAAUUAAGUACAACUUCACUGUUCGGGUAGGAACCCAUUUCACUGUAGUCAUUGAAAGUCCAGUGUCCAAACUGAUGUACUUACAGUAUAAAAUAUACUCCCGAUUGCCAAGACUUCAUACGAAAAAAAAAAAGUAAAAUAUCUCAUAAGUAAUCUUCUAUAUUGAUUAUAUAUUGAGAUAAUGCUUUGGAUGUAUUAGGUGAAACAAAAUAGAUCAUUAAUUUUACCGGUAGCUUUCUAUACUUUUUAAUGUGGCUGCUAGAAAAUCGAAAUUACAUAUGUGUAAGAAAACAGUUUGACAGGCUCCUCAAAAAGCUAAACAUAGAAUGACCAUUUCGCCCAGCAGCUCCGCUCCGAGCUAUGCACCAAGGGGCACUUCUAUACAUACUGACACACCCGUGCUCACAGCAGCGUUCACAGAGGCCAAAAGUUGCAAACACCCCAGGUGUCCAUCAGCAGCGAUAGAUAAAUGUAAUGUGGUUCAUCCAGACAGUGGAAUAUUAUUCAGUCUUAAGGAGGAAGUCUAUCCUGACACCUGCUACAAUGUACAUGACCCCUGAGGACAUGAUGCUGAGUGAAAUAAGCCAGACACAGAAGGACAAACAUGGUGUGAUUCCUUUAUAUGAAUAGGUGGAUUCAUAGGGACAGGCAGUGUAUUAGAGGUUAUGGGGCUGGGAAGGGUUGAAAGGUGAAUGAGGAGGUUUUGCUUACUGAGUACAGAGCUUCUGUUUGGGGUGAUAAAAAAGAUUUUGGAAAUAGAUAGCAGUGAUGGUGGCACACCACUGUGAAUUACUUAACGCUACUG